UGAGAGCAGGGCGUUAUGUAACCCUGUGGCCAUAACAUUGGCCUCUUUGUGCCAGUAACGCGCAACCAACCUUAACUAGCACACAACCAUCCUUAACUAGCACAGUGCCAACUGGACGGUCAGAAGAGGGCGGAGUCUGUGGGCAACGCAAUUACCCCAAGAAAUGAUUAAAGAGACACAGAACAGCAAUGGCAGUAGAUGCGGAGCGCACAUUCCUGUCACUUACGCACACGCUGACCCCCGCCCGCCCGCAUACGCUGCUGAACAUCGAGCAACCAGACAUUCGUGUUUACUGGGGAUGGGCAUUAUGGGAAUUGUAGUUUUUCGGCCACUUUGGAUACUUCCCUGCUUCCCAGCUCUGUUCCCCUGGCUCUGGUUUCCAUAGUGACGGCGCGGCCCAUGUCUUCUGCAAGGGGAGGCCGAUCCCGGAUUGACGCAGGGAUUGGCUAAUCCCACCUCCCACCUAGGAUGCCUCCCCCUUUCCCACUGUCUCUGUGCUGCGGCCCCUUCUGUCUGCUGGGAGAAUGGGGCUCCUUCUCUGCACAGCCCUGGGCCAGUGAGCGCAGCCCCGCUUCUCUGCUCCCGCCCCACAGCGGGACACCAGCCCGGGGGUCACAGGGGAGGAGGCCGCUGGUCAUGGCUGGGAUGUGCAGCCACCUUAGUCCUGGCAGCGGGGAGAUCAUUCAGCUCAAUGUCGGCGGUACCAGAUUCAGCACAUCGAGGCAAACAUUAACCUGGAUUCCUGAUUCCUUCUUUUCUAGUCUGCUGAGUGGAAGAAUUUCAACUCUUCGUGAUGAAACUGCAGCUAUAUUUAUUGACAGAGACCCAACUGCGUUUGCACCAAUCUUAAAUUUUCUUCGUACAAAGGAACUUGAUUUGAGGGGUGUAAGCCUGAAUGUUCUCCGCCAUGAAGCAGAAUUUUACGGAAUCACUCCCCUAGUAAAGAGAUUGCUGUUAUGUGAAGAGCUUGAACGUUCUUCAUGUGGAAGUGUCCUUUUUCAUGGCUACUUACCUCCACCAGCGAUUCCUAGACGUAAAUUCACCUGUGAAGCAUCACCUUCCCCAGAUGGGAUAGCCGGGUUACGACCCUGUGAAGCAGGGGCCCAAGCAAAUUCCGCCCAGCCAACACUUGCGGCUGCUGAGGGAAUGGUUCGAUUGGGGUUCCCAGUGGAUCCCAGGAAAGUGCUAAUAGUUGCAGGACAUCACAACUGGAUUGUCACCGCGUACGCUCAUUUCGUGGUUUGUUACAGGAUAAAAGAAUCAUCGGGCUGGCAACAAGUGUUUUCCAGCCCCUUUCUGGACUGGACUAUCGAGCGCGUAGCACUUAAUGCCAAAGUGGUUGGAGGCCCUCAUGGGGAUAAAGACAAGAUGGUGGCCGUUGCCUCAGAGAGCAGCAUCAUACUUUGGAGCAUACAGGAUGGAAGCAGUGGAAGCGAAAUAGGUGUGUUCAGUCUGGGCGUGCCUGUGGAUGCACUUUUCUUUAUUGGGAACCAGUUGGUGGCUACCAGCCAUACAGGCAAAGUCGGCGUAUGGAAUGCCGUAACUCAGCACUGGCAGGUUCAGGACGUUGUCCCUAUUACAAGCUACGAUACCGCUGGAUCAUUUCUUCUCUUGGGUUGCAACAAUGGAUCCAUUUAUUAUAUAGAUAUGCAGAAAUUUCCACUGCGUAUGAAAGACAAUGAUCUCCUGGUGACUGAACUGUACCAUGAUCCCUCUAACGAUGCCAUCACUGCCCUGAGCGUCUACCUGACUCCUAAAACAAGUGUGAGCGGAAACUGGAUCGAGAUCGCCUACGGUACAAGUUCUGGCGCUGUGCGAGUGAUAGUGCAGCACCCCGAGACGGUUGGCUCUGGCCCCCAGCUCUUCCAGACUUUCACUGUUCAUCGGAGUUCUGUCACAAAGAUCAUGUUGUCUGAGAAACACCUUGUUUCAGUCUGCGCUGAUAACAAUCACGUCCGGACGUGGACAGUGACGCGAUUCCGAGGGAUGAUUUCCACCCAGCCCGGCUCCACUCCUCUUGCCUCUUUCAAGAUCUUGUCUUUAGAAGAAGCAGAAAGCCAUGGGAGCUACUCUUCAGGCAAUGACAUAGGGCCUUUUGGAGAAAGGGACGAUCAGCAAGUAUUCAUCCAAAAAGUGGUGCCCAUAACAAACAAAUUAUUUGUAAGACUCUCUUCUACUGGGAGAAGAAUCUGUGAAAUUCAGGCGGUGGAUUGCACCACAAUCACGUGUUUCACGGUGAGGGAAUGCGAGGGGUCGAGCAGAAUGGGCUCCAGGCCGCGGCGCUACCUCUUUACUGGACACUCCAACGGAAGCAUUCAGAUGUGGGACCUCACCACUGCUAUGGACAUGGUGACAAAAACUGAAGAGAAAGAUGUAGGCGGUCCAUCGGAAGAAGAGCUUCUAAAGCUUCUGGACCAAUGUGAUCUGAGCACGUCUCGCUGUGCGACGCCCAACAUCAGCCCCGCAACUUCUGUAGUUCAUCAGAGCCGACUCCGGGAUUCAAACUCAAGUUUGCAGCUCCAGCAUGAAACCAUUCAUGAAGCCGCCACCUACGGGUCAGUUAGGCCUUACCGGGAGAGCCCACUACUAGCAAGGGCAAGGCGAACAGAGAGCUUCCACAGUUACAGGGAUUUCCAGUCGUUCAGCUUCGGGAAAAACAAUAUUGAAAAGGCAAGCCCAGAAAAUGGAAGUUUUGUAGUAAAAUGUGAAGUAAAACCAGCCGAGCAUGAAACCUGCACCCCAGAUAAAAAGACUGCAAGGGGAAGCAAAGCUCUGGAAAACCUACCCGACGCCUGCAAAGGCCCCGAAAGCUUAGACGCCAAGAAACGCGUCGGGGAGGACGACGGCGAAUCAAAGUCCGAGUUAAAAAGGAGAAGUGGUUUCGACGGAGCGUUCUUAGGAAGGAGAAAAGUCUCCCACGUUCCUCACGUCGGUUCCUCGCCCAACACGAGCGAAGGAGGAAACGAUUCUCCCGGCACGGCGUCGCCAUCCCCCACCAAAUCCACCACUUCUCCGCGCCGUAAGAAAAGCGACUCUUCCUGCCAGGACUACGCUUAGUACGGAGGCAAGAAUGUUUUUGUGUUUGUUUUUGGCUUCUAAAGCAUGUCGGGGGGCUACAGUUCCCAGAGAAACGUGAAAUACUAGCGUCUGACUCCUCCGCUCAGAUAUCUUUGCCUUGCCCAUAAGACUGGAUUGUAUCUCAGCCUUCUGGAGAACCGGCCUUACACGAUGCCCCCUGUGAGGGUUUGACCAUCUAUGCAGUCUUUCUGCGCCCUUGUACUUUUAUAAAUAUAUAUACUUUUAUAAGAGGAAAAAAAAAAGCUUAAUUGUACACACAUGCUAGUGUCAUAACUUAUUGAUUUAUAAAUAGUUAUUUAUCUUACAGCACUGAUGCAGUCAAUAGACAUUUAUUCUGAUUUUUUUUUUAAUGUAUAGCAUAAUUUGCACGUAGCCGGGCCAUAAUAUAGUGAUAGAUGGCCUUCAAGCCCAGGGGCGUGGCAACUUGACGGGAUUUGUAGUUCUACAACAUCCGGAGGGCUUGACAAGUCACUAUCGCUGCUAUAGUACUUUUAUUUUUCUGCCAUGUUUGCAAAGUGUCUAUAAUAUAGCAAUAUUGCACUCGGGUGUCGUGUACACUGACUCCAUUACGCACCAGUAAACUUAGCGGGGGCUUAUUAGUUAUCGUUCCUGAAGGCCAGACCCCACCCCAAGCAUAUUACAUCAAACGUGAGUGACGUCACAAUUGUCACUCCUACCUUGUGAUGUCACUCAGACAUGAUUAUGGGGAGUCAGGCCAAUAUGGCUGGUGGGUAAUAACCCCCAGUGUAUUGACUUCUUAUUUCAGUAUUUAAUGCUCCGAGGUUUGUUUGUUUUUUUUUUUAGCAUUGUCUAAACUGGAAAUCGAUUUUAGAAAACAUAUAUAACACUGAGUAUUUAUAGAAAAGUAUCAUUCAAACCUGUCUUGCAGUCUGUGAUAUGUUCAUAUUCACGCUACUGUAACGUAAACUGACAUAAUCCACGGAACAUUAAAAAAAAAAAAAAAUUGCAAAUGGAA